CGCGCACCGAGCGAUUCCAAGACAUUCCAACUGUCCUCCCCGUCGUCCCCAACAAGUCUCUCUUCCUUCUCGACAUAGUCGAACAGUUCAAAAGCGCCUCUCUUCCUCCCGCACACCACCGAGCGACGCCGCCAUGAGCAGCCUCGAGCUCAUCAACCCUCGCGCCGAGAGUGUCCGUCGGACACAGGCACUCCAGGUCAACACGGCUGGCGCUGUUGGUCUCGCAAAUGUUGUUAAGAGCAACCUUGGCCCGCGUGGUACCAUCAAAAUGCUUGUAGACGGCUCUGGGCAGAUUAAGAUGACCAAGGACGGGAAAGUCCUUCUCUCGGAGAUGCAGAUUCAGAACCCUACCGCGGCCAUGAUUGCGCGCACAGCUGUUGCCCAGGACGAGCAGGUCGGGGACGGCACAACUCAGGUUGUGCUUCUCGUCGGCGAGCUUCUCAAGCAGGCCGACCGCUACAUCCAGGAGGGCGUGCACCCACGCGUCAUCGGUGACGGGUACGACAUCGCGAAGAAGGAGGCGCUCGCAUUCCUUGACUCUUUCAAGCAGACGCCAACGCUUGACCGCGCCAACCUGAUUAGCGUCGCCCACACUUCGCUCUCGACCAAGCUGUACGCUCAGCUUGCUCGCAAGCUCGCCAACGAUGUCACCGACGCUGUCCUCGCCAUCCAGCCUCCCGCGCCCCUUGUUGACUCGGCCGAUGCAAAGGUGUACCGUCAGCCCAUCGACCUUCACAUGAUUGAGGUCAUGAAGAUGCAGCACCGCACCGACACGGACACCAAGCUUAUCCGUGGUCUCGUCAUGGACCACGGUGCGCGCCACCCAGACAUGCCCAAGCGCGUAGAGAAUGCCUACAUUCUCACUCUCAACGUCUCGCUCGAGUACGAGAAGACGGAGGUCAACUCAGGCUUCUUCUACUCCUCGGCCGAGCAGCGUGAGAAGCUUGUCGAGUCGGAGCGCCGCUUCCUCGACGACCGGCUGAAGAAGAUCGUGGAGCUGAAGAACCACGUGUGCGACCAGGCAAUGAACGACGACGAGAAGCCGCGCGGCUUUGUUGUCGUCAACCAGAAGGGUAUCGACCCUAUGUCACUUGAUGUGCUCGCCAAGAACGGCAUUCUUGCGCUCCGUCGUGCCAAGCGGCGAAACAUGGAGCGCUUGCAGCUUGCUUGCGGUGGUGUUGCUCAGAACUCGGUCGAGGACCUGUCCCCCGACGUCCUGGGUUGGGCCGGUCUCGUGUAUGAGCACACGCUCGGCGAGGAGAAGUACACCUUCAUCGAGGACGUCAAGGAGCCCAAGAGUGUGACCAUGCUCAUCAAGGGCCCCAACGCCCACACCAUGAACCAGAUUCAGGACGCUCUUCGUGAUGGUUUCCGUGCCGUCAAGAACGCGAUCGAGGACAAGUGCCUCAUCCCCGGAGCUGGCGCCUUUGAGAUUGCCUGCUCGACCUUCCUUGCCAACGAGGUUAAGGCCAAGACCAAGGGGAGGGCCAAGCUCGGUGUGCAGGCCUUCGCUGAUGCGCUUCUGGUGAUCCCCAAGACGCUGGCGGCAAAUGGCGGAUUUGACGUGCAGGACACUAUCGUCGCCCUGCAGACUGAGGCAGAGGAGACGGACGACCCCGUUGGCCUAGACCUCAAGUCCGGCGAGCCUAUGAACCCGGUUACGGAGGGCGUCUGGGACAACUACCGCGUCAAGAGGCAGAUGCUUCACUCUUGUUCGGUCAUCGCGGUCAACCUGCUCGGCACUGACGAGAUCUUGCGCGCAGGCCGGUCAUCGCUGAAGCCCGGUCCGGAUGGCAUGUGAUAGACUCGGUCCGGUCGUAGAUGCGCGAGGGCGGGGCGUGAGAUUGAGGCUGAUAUUCUCAUAUAGCUGAUUGCAUUGCACGUGUGGGUUAGAUGGCCAGGAAGCUGGGAUAUCACUGGAAUCAGGUAUUUCGGAGUACGAG